GUCCGUACCAAUGACCGACAGAGAACCGCGAGGAAGAAGUGGCAAGGCUGACAGGCGCGAACGUCUUUUCUCCAAAGGUUCCUGGUGAAGAGAGGGUACGAUAAGCUGCCACUUGCGACCACCACCUCCCGCGACCCGCAAGACAGCCUCAACCAAACCUCACAUUUCAGAGGCGCUUCUCUCACAGAUCGCCCAUCAUGUCGCGCCAUCACCCCGAUCUCGUAAUGUGCCGCAAGCAAGCCGGCAUCGCCAUCGGCCGCCUCUGCGACAAGUGCGACGGCAAAUGCCCCGUCUGCGACUCCUACGUCCGCCCCACGACCCUCGUCCGCAUCUGCGACGAGUGCUCGUUCGGAAACUACCAGAACAAGUGCGUCGUCUGCGGCGGCGAGGGCAUCUCGGACGCCUUUUACUGCUUCGAGUGCACGCGCCUCGAAAAGGACCGCGACGGGUGCCCAAAGAUUAUAAACCUCGGCAGCUCCAGGACCGACCUCUUCUACCAGAAGAAAACCAAUCGGACGGCGACGUACUAGCCCCUGCGUCGCCCGGGACAUGGGCAAACUGGUGUGUUGUUUGUAACUGCGAGGAGAGGAGAGGAGGAAAGAGAGUGCAAAGUAUCGCGGGAAACAGGUAUCGCAUUGCCUGCGGCGUUUGGAGUGUCUUGGUUCACAGAUAUGGGAUAAGGGUUUUGUGGUAUAAUUGACGAAAAGUCAAAUAUGAUAAUCUUCUUCAAGAGUAGCAUGAAACUGUUUCACGAAACAAAGUAAAUGGUUCAUUUGGCGUAAAAUAUCAAAAAGAAUGGCC